AUGACUAUGGGCUUUUUUGGCCUCACAGGUCCAGCACUAGCGAGGGCUCGUAUUGUCAUGAUAGUUGUCCCUGCCUUUCUAUUAUUCGGUUUCAACCAGUCAAACAUAGGAGGCGUUCUAGGGUAUCCUUCCUUCAUCAAGUACUUUCCUCGUCUUGACACAGCGGACACCGAAGGAUCUACCAAGAGUACAAAUGCCAAAGUCCAGGGUACGGUCGUUGCCAUUUACACAAUCGGCUGCCUUAUAGGCGCCCUGGGUGUUACGCAGAUUGGAAAUCGUAUUGGCCGUCGCAAAUCAUUGAUACUGGUGUCUAUUGUGGCCACCGUCGGCCUCUUAAUCCAGGCAACUUCCUUUUCACUUGGCCAGUUGGUUGUCGGCCGCAUUCUGUCUGGUAUUGGCAACGGCGGCGUUAACGCCAUCGUACCUGUGUGGCAGAGCGAGUGCACGAAGCCUAGAAGCCGAGGGAAGAACGUUGUUAUUAUCGGUAUCUUCAUCGCCACGGGGAUUGCUGCUGCUGGUUGGAUUAACUAUGGCCUCUCCCACGUUUCGCAUAGCGAAGUUGCCUGGCGUCUACCUCUCUGCCUGCCCAUAAUCUUUACUCUCAUACUCAUUUUCGCGACUUGGUGGUUCCCAGAAUCUCCUCGUUGGCUAAUCAGUAGGGGUCGAGAUGAAGAAGCUCGUGCCGUUAUGGUCACGCUCGCGGGUCCUGAAAAUGCCAGCCAUGAGGACAUCACUCAAGAGAUACGCGCUAUUUCUGACGCCCUUCAAGAAGCCUCUACUUCUGAGCGUGGCUUUUCCGACCUUUUCAAGCACAACCGUCAACGUCUUUUUUACCGCCUAUGCCUUGCUGUUGGUAUCAACUUCGCUGCACAGAUGACUGGUGCAAAUGCUAUCUCCUAUUACGGAACCACCAUUUUCCAAGCGUCCCUGGGUUUGCCAGAGCAGAGGGCAUCGCUACUCAACGCCGGCGUGCUCACUUGGAAAAUUUUUGCUGCCAUCUCGGCUUACCUUACGGUCGAUCGUUUUGGAAGAAGGCCGCUAUUCGUUAUCUCUGGCAUGGGGAUGGGUGUGUCGAUGGCUUCACUCGCAGUGACUGUCUGGGUUGUGCAGGACCAUUACACAUAUGCAGCCUCCGUGGCGGCUACCUUUUUCCUUUUCUUCUACAUGACAUUCUUCCCUCUUGGCUUCCUUGGGGCCAAUUUCCUAUACAGCACGGAAAUUGCCCCGCAGGAUCUGCGCAUGCAUCUUUCGGCCAUCGGGACGGCAACACACUGGCUUUUCAACUUUGUCAUUGCUGAGAUCACUCCAGUCGCCUUCGUCACCAUCAAAUAUCGCUAUUACAUUGUAUACGCCGUGAUUGCAUUCUCUGUUUCAAUACUCAUAUUGUUCUUUUUCCCCGAAACGAGAGGCCUCUCACUCGAGGAGAUGGACAAUUUAUUCCGAGAACCUGAGAACUGGUGGCAAGUGACUAAAUACUCGCAGGCUUUACGAAAGUGUGGGGUACUGGAGCUGGAAGUCGGAGGGAAGAUGGAGACGGUCCAUCACAUUGAAGAACCCGAGAAGUCGACAGUCACCGAGUGA